AUGGCAGAGCAUGAGUUUCUUGAGAUUUGGGCUACUGGUCUUAUUCCCAUGUUUAAAAUGGUUUCACACAACACAAUUAGGAAUUAUUGCAUGAAAAUCUAUGGGGAUGAGAAAGUGAAGCUUUACGGCAUUCUUGAUAGGCUUGAUUCCCUGAUUCGUAAUAAAAAGGAGUUGGUUUUAGAUUGCCCCAAAAUAUGGAAUACAACCUAUGAUAUGCUCAAAACUGCACCUGAGUAUAGGGUUGCAUUUGCUCGAUUGGAACAAAUUGAUGAAGAAUAUAAUCUUAAUCCAUCUUCUGAGGAGUGGGAUAUUGGUCAAAUUGAUGAAUGGCUAUUGAGCAAGUAUGAUUAUGUUCAAGUAAUGGCUGGAAAAAUGUGGGGAAAGUUUAAAAAAUAUUGGGAUGGGGUUAAUUUACCUUUGGCAGUAGUAGUGGUUCUUGAUCCACGAUACAAGUUGGCAUUUGUGAGGUAUAAUUUGCAUAGGGUUUAUGGUUAUGUGGGAGAAGAUGAAGUGGCAAAAGUGCGUGAAUGCCUUUAUAACCUUUACUCUCACUAUGCAAAUUAUGAUACCUCAUCCAUUCCUAAUGAAGAGAGUAGUCCCCUUGAAUCAUGCAUAACAAGUUCAGCUUCGGGUGUGAUGCAAGAGAGUAAGAAAAAGUAUCUCAAAGGCUUUCAAAAAUGGUGCACAAGUGAUGAAACAACAACAUCGGUGUUCUACAACAAAAAAUCAGAAUUGGACCAAUACUUGGAAAAAUCCUUGAUUCCAGAAAAUGCCAAAUUUUAA